AGCAUGACACGUGCUCAAACUCCCACGGCGGCGUGGGCUACUUUUGCCAAAUAAGAAAGAUUUCCAUAUCUUGGCUGGCCUCUUCAGAGGCUGAGGCCGCCGAGGCUGAGGGGCCAUGCCGACGGCGGUCCUGAAGAACCUACAAGGCCACCGCUUUAUGCGGACAGCAUCAGAUUGGGUCAUCAAGAAAACAAACUCCAAGACGGUGUCGCUUUGGCUCCUGGUGGACUUUGGCAUUUCUGCGGGCUUGGGAGCUUACUUCUUCUUCUUCCGAUAUGUCUCCUCCCUGGGCUGGGUCCCAAUCAGAAUAAUGAACAACUUCAAGUUCUACAUCUUCAUAGCCGGCGUGAGAGCUUUAUGCACGCUGUGGGGUAUGUAUUCCGUGCUGGUGCGCGAUGUCAAGAGUGUGAAGCUGUUCUACUCGGUGUUCAUGCUGAACCUCCUGGUUGCGGUAUGGCUUAUGAUCCCGCUCCUCAGUCUCAACUGCACCUGCAGCCAGGACUACUACCAGUGCGAGGCAUUGCAGUCCUUCGCGCUUGAUGGACUCUCGCUGAACAAGUGGCCGGAGCCGGAGGGCUUUGGCAAGAACCGGAGGGUAGAGUACAAAAUGCCUCCUACUCCGGGCGAGCCAGAAUUGGACGCCACGGAGGACAAGGAGGACUUCGAGCUGACGACCACGGUGAGCGCUCAGGCCGCUGUCGGCAGCGAGGCCAAGGCAAAGGAGGCGUCCAACCAGACGGCGGCCAACGUAUCUCAGGCGGCGGCCAAUGUCUCGCAGGCGGCCAAGCAGGAGAAGCAGGAGGCGGAGGAGGUGGCUGCGGCCAAGAACCUCGCUGCCGACUCACAGAAGCCGGAGAGUCUGCUGCAGUCGGGGCCUUCGCGUCAGGCCAAAGAGGAAACCAUCAGCCUAGACGUCCUGUCAGGAGGUCACCAGCGCCUGGUCUCCAAGCGACGCAACCGGCGCCAGGCCAGCCUGCUGCAGACGGAUCAAGGCGAACCUGCUGGCGGGCAGCCGGCCGCCAUACCGCAAGCAUCGCCAGUGGCGCAGCCGGCCGCUACACCGCAAGCAGCGCCGGCGCCGCCAGUGGCGCGGAAGGGGGCAGCAAGUGCACCUGCACCUGCGCCUGCACCACCAGCACCGACACCGACACCGAAAGCUGACGCAAAGGUGGCAAUUGCAUCACCAGAAGCUGGGAGCAACCGGCGCCAGGCCAGCCUGCUGCAGACGGAUCAAGGCGAACCUGCUGGCGGGCAGCCGGCCGCCAUACCGCAAGCACCGCCAGUGGUGCAGCCGGCCGCUGCACCGCAAGCAGCGCCGGCACCGCCAGUGGCAGCAAGUGCACCUGCACCUGCGCCUACACCACCAGCACCGACACCGACACCGAAAGCUGACGCAAAGGUGGCAACUGCAUCACCAGAAGCUGGGAGCAAGGCGGCCCUCGAGCAGCUGUCCGACCCCAACUUGCACAUCGGGGUCUACUUUAAGCCAGUAGGCGAGACAAGCAUGCUGAAGUCGGCACACCCCGACGAGGGAGUGCAAUGCGCCAGCAGCGUGAAGGAGGGCGCCAUGUGGGACGGGGACAAGAUCAAGAUGAGCGACCUGCUGCAAGGCAAGAAGAUCACUGAUCGCGACGCGAGCUUUAUGGCCACCAUCCGCACCUGCAUCACCGAGGAAGCUUGCGCCGGCAUCUUUUGGCGCAUUGCAAAGGCCGCAGACGGGAGCUACAACUCCUCGGCCUGCACCAUGAUCGACCCGGUGUCCGAGCCGCUGCGGGAGCCGGCGGAGCCGGCGGAUGGUGUAAUCCGCACCGUGUACUUGACCAAGAACAAGCAAGCGGUUAAAGAACUUAUCAAAGACGGCGGGAGAAAAGCGAACCUCAUGAGCAAGAUCUUCCAGGCAGACACGGAAGAGCAGGUCGUGGACUUCACCGAAGAGAUGCACCAGAAUAUGUGCCGAUGUCAAGAGAAGUCCAGCUGCAAAUCCUACGCCGACAUUGAUGGCGCGGGCGAGAUUGGAUGGUGCUACAUCGACAACAAGACCUUGCACAUUUGCCAAGCUGCCGAGAAGGAGAUCUUCUACGACGCGGCGGAGGACCUGCACUGGACUCGAGACAUUUGCCACCAGGGCGAGAGCUACGAGGCCAGCUGCCAGUGCUCCAGCAUCGGUAUGCUGCCUCCCAAUGGCGGCGUCAAGGUAGACAAAGACCUUGUGCAGUCGAAGCCCUACGAGUACGGGUCCUAUUGCGAGAAGUGGAAUGGCGCGGACAACGCCUUCAAGUGGUGCUUUGUGGGCUGGGACAGCCCCUGCGUGGACCGGAGGCGCGCGCAGCAGGCUAACCAGCUGUACAAGGACCGGGUGCCGAACCAGUUCUGGUCGAACAUCGCCUGUGACACGGACAAGCCGAACGUGCGGCUCAUUGAGGCGAUCGACAAAUGCGAAAAUUUGGAGUACACCGCAGACGGGGUCUGCAUCUUUCACAUCCUGACGUCGAUCCCAAUGAUCAUGGUGCUGUACAACUUCAUCUCCAACCAGUGCGGGGACGACAUCCAGACGGAGGAGCAGUUCACCGUGGGGGAUAGUAGCAGCGACGAGGAUGCGGGCGAUGAGUUUGAGCCGGGCCAGGGCGGCGCUGAGUCAAAGAGAUCAUCGACCCAGAGCGACGUGCAGGAGAAGAAGGAGGAUGAAAAAGAAACCAAAAAAGAAGACUCCUUCUGAAGCGAGCGGCGGUCACCCAGCGAGCUGAGUUCUCACAGCCGGUAGCGCAGUGCACACCACCCACCUGGGCAAGGAAUUGGCGACCUCGCAAGGGAACUGCCUGUUUUGGGGAACUUUCUAGUGGAAUUUCCCGCUUUUCCUCGAGACGUCGCUGCCUUCAGGCGUUGGUGCGAGCCUUUUGCAAAUAGUUUCACCCGAGUCGGUAGAGUAGCGAUCCAGGCAGUUUCACGAAGCCUGCAGCGCGCUUGAGAUGCUUGCAGUGCUUGCGGUGCGCGAAG